UCUCCAUUGUUUCUCUCUCUGAGCUUGGGGAUCAACUGAUCAUCAUCCAUGGCGGUCCUUUGCUCAUCUCCAUUUCUAUGCCCUCCCAAGCUCCUCGGAGCCAGGACGAACUGGUCGCGGUCUUUCCCGACGGUGGCGGUCUCGACUUCGGUUUCAUACCUUAGCGUCGGCAAGGACUUGCCGUUGGAUUACGAACAAUGGUUACAGAAGCCACAUCCAGAUCACCGGAGAAGAGCUGGCGUUCUGCUUCACCCGACUUCGUUUCGCGGUCCUCACGGUAUCGGAGAUCUUGGAGCCGAGGCGUUUCGGUUCAUCGACUGGCUUCAUUCCACUGGUUGCUCCGUUUGGCAGGUUCUUCCUCUGGUUCCACCGGAUGAAGGAGGAUCUCCUUAUGCAGGUCAGGAUGCAAAUUGUGGGAACACAUUGCUGAUUUCUCUUGAAGAGCUCGUUAAGGAUGGCUUGUUAAUGAAGGAUGAGCUCCCCCUGCCAAUUGAUACCGACCAUGUGAACUAUCAAACUGUCAACAAGUUGAAGGGUCCUUUGAUAACUAUGGCUGCGAAGAGGCUUAUUCUUGGCAAAGGUGAACUAAAGAGCCAGCUGGAAGAUUUCCUUAACGAACCGACUAUAUCAUGUUGGCUUGAAGAUGCUGCUUAUUUCGCUGCUAUAGACAAUACAGUAAAUGCCUUCAGUUGGUUUGAGUGGCCGGAACCUCUUAAAAGCCGCCAUCUUUCUGCCUUAGAAAAUAUUUAUGAAAGUAAAAAGGAGUUUAUAGACAUGUUCAUCGCCAAACAAUUUUUGUUCCAAAGGCAAUGGCAGAAAGUCCGUGAGUAUGCACAGAGCAAAGGAGUCAGUAUCAUGGGAGAUAUGCCCAUUUAUGUAGGAUAUCACAGUGCAGAUGUUUGGGCAAACAAAAAACAAUUCUUACUGAACAGGAAAGGUUUUCCCCUUCUGGUUAGCGGUGUUCCUCCUGAUCUAUUCAGUGAAACUGGCCAACUAUGGGGCAGCCCUCUUUAUGAUUGGAAAGCAAUGGAGAAUGACCAAUUUUCUUGGUGGGUCCACCGAAUUCGACGUGCACAGGACUUGUAUGAUGAAUUCAGGAUCGAUCAUUUCAGAGGUUUUACUGGGUUUUGGGCUGUUCCUGCUGAAGCUAAAGUUGCCAUGGUUGGACAAUGGAAGGUAGGACCUGGGAAGUCUUUAUUCGAUGCCAUUUUCAGAGCGGUUGGGAAGCUCAAAAUCAUUGCUGAAGAUUUGGGAGUUAUUACUGAGGAUGUAGUCCAGCUUAGGCGAUCUAUUGGAGCACCUGGAAUGGCCGUCCUCCAGUUUGCCUUUGGAGGUGGUUCCGACAACCCACAUUUACUUCACAAUCACGAAUAUAAUCAAGUUGUAUACACUGGAACUCAUGAUAAUGACACGAUCCUGGGCUGGUGGGAAAAUCUAAACCAAGAAGAAAAGUCCAAGGCAAUGAAGUACCUCUCUCUCGGUGAAGAUAAUGAUAUCACAUGGGCGCUUAUCCAGGCAGCUGUCUCUUCGGUUGCUCAAACCGCGGUCAUACCCAUGCAGGACAUUCUCGGGCUCCGAAGUUCUGCAAGGAUGAACACUCCUGCAACCGAGGUCGGGAACUGGAGUUGGAGGAUUCCGAGUCGGACGAGGUUUGAUCAUCUGGAAACAGAAUCUGCCAGGCUGAGAGAUCUUCUGUCCAUGUACGGACGGCUCUGAGUAGUUCGACCUCAUCAAUGUUUUAUGCAUGUCGGAUUUGUAUAUGUACGCACGUGCUCUGCCUUCGAAUAAUUAAAUGUGUAGUAUUCGUUUAAUAAAUCGAGCGAAAGGCAUUGUGAUGUGAUCUUAGGACAAGCUGGAAAUUAAUAAAAAUCCAGUGGUAAACGUGAUUAGGGGAAUAACCCAUGGAUUUGUCAGUAA